AGGACAGAGCUAGCUAGCGAGCGGUUCACGUUUACAAACCACGCCCAUAAACAGUCGGAGUAAAUUUCAGUUCAACCUUGCGUAAUUCAUUCGACGCAUCAAUUAAAAUGUUACUGCUGUCUGUGGCAAUGGUCUGCGUUCUCGCUGCUGUGCAGUGCAACCCAGAGACGGACGCCUUCAAGUGGCAGGGCGUCGUGCCUGAUGUACUGUCCCAGCCGCCCAAUCAGAUGCUAAAGGUCGUCUACGACGAUCGGAUGAUGAUUAUGAACGGCGCCAUUGUGACGCCCACACAGGUGAAGAACACUCCAACUGUGGAGUGGCCGGCCGAACCAGACAGCUUUUACACGCUUGCGAUGGUCGAUCCGGAUGCGCCGAGCCGUGCGAAUCCCAAGCUGCGUGAAUUCAAGCACUGGCUGGUGGUCAAUAUCCCUGGCAACAAUGUGGCCAAGGGUGACACGCUGGCUGAAUAUGUGGGCGCUGGACCGCCAAAGGAUACGGGUCUGCAUCGUUACGUCUUUCUAGUAUAUGCCCAACCGAAGAAACUGACGUUCUCUGGAUCACGAGUUAACAACAAAAGUCGCCGCUCCAGGACCAAGUUUCAUAUCAGACAAUUCGCAGAGCAUCAUCGCCUGGGUCAGCCCAUAGCUGGCGCCUUCUUCAUGGCGGAAUACGACGAGUACGUGCCCAUACUGAGCAAGCAGCUAUCCGGUCGUUGAGCGACUUUGAUGAGCAUCAUUUAGUUUUAAGACACAAUUGGAAUUAACAUCGUUCUUCAUUAUAGAAAAUUGCAAUUUA